CGGCGAUGGCCAGGUCUCCGGAUCUGAAGGCGCUUGCCAAGACCGGCAACGCCGACUGGCCGAGCCAUGGUGAAUCUUUUGGAGCCUCACAACGCGCCGGCCACCAGCAACAGCAACGCCGCGACAAUGGCCGCCCCACGAACGCUCGCUGCGUCCCUCGGCGCGACACGGCUCGCUGCAUCCUCGCUGUCGACGCUCCGUCCCGACGUGUGUCGCUUCGCCACAGCCUCGUACCAGACCGUCCGAUGCGCCGUCACAUCCAAGACACAACCGGCCAAGAAGAAAAAGGUGCGCAACGUGUACCGGCAGUAUGACCUGAGCAAGACGGAGCAGUUCGCCCUCGUCGACGCAAUGCACUACAUCCGCGCGUUCGAAGUCGGGCAGAACCCGUCGUCGGUCAAGUACGAGCUGCACGUGCGGAUGCGCAGCCUCAAGAACGGCCCCGUGGUGCGCAACCAGAUACGGCUGCCGCACCCGGUCAAGACGGAUCUGCGCCUCUGCGUGAUUGCGCCGCCGGACUCGAAGCACGCGCAGGAGGCGCGGGCCGCGGGCGCGACGCUGGUCGGCGAGGACGACGUGUUUGAGCAGAUCCGCGGGGGCGACAUCGAGUUCGACAGGUGCAUCUGCCACAUCGACUCGCUGCAGAAGCUGAACAAGGCGGGGCUGGGGCGGGUGCUCGGUCCCAAGGGGCUCAUGCCGAGCACCAAGGCCGGCACGGUGGUGACGAACAUUGGGGCUACGGUCAGAACCAUGGUGGACGGCAGCGAGUACAGGGAAAAAAUGGCCGUGGUCCGUCUGGCGAUUGGACGGCUGGGCUUCACACCCGCGGAAUUGCAGGAGAACAUCAAGUUGUUCAUGGACACAUUGAAGAAGGACAUGGCGCGCGUCGUGUCCAAGGAGGUGCACGAAGUGGUCCUCAGCUCCACAAAUUCGCCCGGCUUCACGCUGAACGGCGAGUUCAAGGGCCCCAGCUCGAUAUCCCCGGCCCUGCUCAGCGGCCCCCUGUAGGGUCGUGUAGCCCAGCGGCCUCUUGUAGGGUCGUGUAGCCCAGCGGCCCCUUGUAGGAUCGUGUAGCCCAGCGGCCCCUUGUAGGGUCGUGUAGCUCAGCGGCCCCUUGUAGGAUCGUGUAGCUUUACGCUGUGCAAAAAUGUACCAUAUGAACGUAAAUGUACCAUGUAGCGCCGCCGAAACGUAUCGUGACCGCCGCCGAAACGUAUCGUGACCGCCGCUGAAAU